AUGACAACCGAACCGACCACACUAACCACACCAACCACCGUAUCUUCUGAUGCAACAUCACCGUGUCCAGGGUGCCCACCGUGCAUCGUGUGCCCCACAUGUGCACCGUGUCCACCAUGCGAAUGCGAUACUACCACUCCGGAAGCAACACCAUCGUCUCCUGUUACACCCCAAACACCAGCCCCGGAUGAUACCACCACUCCAGAAUUAGUAAACACUCCACCUGGUAUGUCAAAAUUUCUUUCUGUUCUUCGCUUCUAUAACUUCUUGAAAUGA